AUGACUGUGAAAUUUCCAUAACUUCUCUAUGAAGCAAAAAUUUUGAGAUUGCUACAAGGUAAUGAAGGAAUACCGAUUCUAUUUUGGGCUGGCUAAGAAGGAGAAUUUAAUAUUAUGGUUAUGGAAUUACUUGGUCCAUCAUUAGAAGAUUUGUACAAUCAUUGUGGCAAGAAAUUUACUCUAAAAUCUACUUUGCUUUUGGCUAGACAAAUGUACUUCCACUCGAGAUAAUUUAUUCACAGAGACAUCAAACCUGACAAUUUUUUAAUGGGCACCGGUAGUAAAUCUGAUAUUGUCUACAUUAUUGAUUAUGGAUUAUCUAAAAGAUAUAUUGAACCAAAGACAGGCUAGCAUAUACCUUUUAAAGAGGGUAAAGCAUUGACAGGUACCGCUAGGUACACUAGUCUUAAUAAUCAUCUCGGGUAUGAGUAAAGUAGAAGAGAUGAUUUAGAAGGCUUAGCUUAUGUGUUGAUUUACUUAGUUAAAGGCUCGCUACCAUGGAUGGGUAUAGGAGGAAAUAAUAAGAAUAGCAAAUAUCAAGCCAUUAUGGAAAUGAAGAGAGACCUACCUUUUAACUAAAUUUCUCAAGAUCUUCCAAUCGAAUUUGAGGACUUGCUGAGAUAUUGUAGAGCUUUAAAGUUCGCUGAUAGACCAGACUACUCUUAUCUUAAAAAAAUGUUUGAUGCUGUUUUCUUCAGAGCAAACUUUGUAGAUUACACCUUCGAUUGGAAAUUAUUAAAUAAAAAGAACAUCCUAAACAUGUAAAGAUCACUUGAGUCAUAGUUUCUUGCAACAGAGGCACUUGCUCGAAGAAAAAGAUUUGGUGAUAAGUUCGAUAACAAGUUACCACAAAUUAAUUCCAAGCAAGCAGCUUAGAACUUAAAAAAUGGAAUACUUGGAAGAGAGUAUAAUUAUGAGGAUCCUGAUAAUGAUGAUGAUUUCAGUCGUGGAGGACGCAAGAAUUAUGAUGAUGAGGAAAUUGAGGAAGACUAUGAAGAAGAUGGUGAGGAGGGAGGUGGAGAAGAUGAUGAUGGAGAAGAUUUGGAAGACGAUGAAGAUGAUCAAUAGAGCAAUUAGCGUUAAACAAAAUCCUAAUAAACUCAAAAUAGAAUAAUAUCUAAGCCAAUGUCAAGAUAACUUGAUUCAUAGGCUUCUAAAUAGAAAAGUGGUUCAGUUGGCAGACUUCCUUCAAAGGAAAUCACUGCUCCAACCUAACCGAUAAAGACUUCUAGCAAAGACAUUAAAUUAGCAUCAAAAUAAAAAUAAGAAGAAGAUAAAAAGGAGGAGAAUGAGUUGGGUGAGGAUGGAGAAGAAUAUGAUGAAGAGGAUGGUGGUGAAGAUGGCGAAUAUGAUGAUGAGGAAGAUGAAGAUAAUAAGACUGGGCUGAGAAGUCAGUAAAGUAAAGCAAUGAGUAGGAUUAAGAAGCAUCUUAAUUAAAGCCAAGCUAAUUCAGUAGUGAGUAAUACAGUAAUGAGAGAUCUUAGAAAAAAGAUUGAUGAUAAAGCAUUAAAUGCAAAAUAUAAUUAAGAAUUGGGGGAGAACAAAAAAGCAUCUGUUAGAGAUUAAAAAGAAGAAGAAAAGAUUAAGAUUAAAGAUUUGAGAAAGUAGAUUGAUCAAGGGCUCAUUGAUCUUAAUAAAAGCGUCAGAUAAUCUAGAAAACCUGCAUCAAACAAGCAUUCUAAUAAAAGAUAGGGGACUCCCUUAAAGCUUUAGCCAAUACCAAGAAAUUAAGAUUAGAUACCAGAGGUCAAUCCGAAGCCAGUUAUACAAACCUAGGAGUCUAAAAAUCUAAGCAAUAAAGGAUCAAAUAAAUCACAGCAAUAAUAAAGACCUCCAAUGCUACCACCAUAGCCUAUUCCACUCCAAAAAGCAUUAAAAAACCAAGAGCCUCCAGUUAUAGUUCCACCAAAGAGAGAGAAUAGUUUUAAGGCGGAGUCACCAAAUAAAUCACCCAAUAAAAAUACCAAGAGGAGGAGAUCAACUAUGGUUAAAAGAGCAGAUUCUCUAAAACUAGAUGAUUUGGCCGAAGAAGGUGAGGAUUAUGAUGACGAUGAAGAAGAGGAAGGAGAAGAAGAUGGAGAGGAUGAUGAUUAAUAUGAAGAAACCUAAAAUGUGAAAGCUGGAAUGAGAUGA